AUGGCUACUGAUCAGCCAUUAUGGAUCUCUGAUAAGAAUAUUUUGAAGACAGAAUCCCUGAACAUCAACGUCAACGAUGUAGUUGGUGUGAAACCUCAGAAAGGAAGUAUUCGUGUGAUCUGUUAUCCCUUGAUCAACGGUCAGAGGAAGAGAAUGGUGGUGAACUUGAAGGGCGACGAACAAACCUUGACAACUUAUGCAAAGCAGAUGAGCUAUAACAAGGUCCCUCGUAUGUUAUUGUUUACCGCAGAUUUCAGAGUUUUGCAUAUUUAAAGUUACCGUACCUUUGCAUAGUUAAUACUCGGUGUUGCACACUUAAUUUAUUUAAUGUAGCCUUACUGUAACUUUUUUUUCUUACUGCACUUAUAUGGUACUGCAACGUUAGUUAAUGAUACCUUUUAGUCCAAAGGUGUUAACUUUGGAUAAUGUGUUUCUAUCUUUUAGCCCACAAGCCUUCUGAAGUUGCUACGAAGCAGAAGAGAGUGUUGGUACUGCUGAAUCCAUUUAGUGGUCAAAAACGGUCCCAGAAGCGAUGGGAAGGGGACUGUAGACCUGUGUUUGAUGAAGCUGGGGUUUAUUAUACUAUUGUCAAGACAGGUAAGGAUAGUAAACUUUAAAAAUAUGUUUACAAAGAUGCUAUACGACAUAAACAUUGGAUAUGUUGAGAAUAUAAGAGAAUAAAGUAUACCUUACACUAAUUUUAGAACACGUACAGCACGCGACAGAGAUAGUACAGGAGAUGAACUUGAAUGACUUUACGGCUAUAGUAAUACUGAGUGGAGAUGGGCUAGUAUCAGAAGUGCUAACUGGUUUGAUCACUCGUGCUGACAGAGCACGAGCCUUGAAGAUACCAUUGCUUCACAUUCCAGCUGGUACUGCUAAUGCUUUGGCAGCUGCUGUGGCUUUUCAAACUGGGUAGGAUUACUGUAAUUUUAUUUUGCGUAUUUCUAAAUGGUUUUAUUUAUUUUUGAAAGGUUGGCAUUGAGGUAAAAUACUGUAUUUGUAUCUGAUUUUAAAAGAUUUUUUUUGGUAGUACUAGGUUUGAAAAGAUGACUUUAUUUUUUACCGUAUGUACACACCAUGUUACAGUAAACCUUCGUAUUUCAGUGAACCUUUUUCGCCCCGAGGCAAUUUCUGUCCAGAAAUGGCGUUGAUGAUUGGAAGGCCGAGUUACAAGCCCUUAAGGCUUUACCACGUUGAAACCGAGAAGGACGGACCUAAAUUAAUGUUUCUGACCGCCGUUUGGGGAUUAAUCGCUGACAUCGGUAAUUACUUUACUUUUAUGGUAAACAGUAACAAAGUAGUGCAAAGUUCAAAGCACAAGUGUCACUUUAAUGGGUUUGUUGAUAUUGCGGUCAAAAAGGGCAUAGGUUGCGGUAAAUUGAACUAUUUUGGUCAAAAAAUAUUACUGUUGUUCUACCCACUUUCAGACCUCGGAAGUGAACGAUUUCGUUGGGCAGGCCUGUCUCGGCUUCAUAUCGAAGCCUUUGUUCGUGUAGCUCAACUGCCUUCUGUAGCCACCUACAAGGGUCGUAUAUCGUAUAAGCCUGUGGAAAACAAGCAACUCUCCAGAAACACCAGAAUAAAGGCAUCUGAAGUCAGAAGCCGGUUGGGAGCAGCGUAUUUUAGAACAGAUAUUGUUGAGGAAUACGAUGACAUUAAAGAUGCGAAGGCUGGAGGUGUGGAAAGUCUACAGAAAGCUUUUGAGGACAGUAAUGACAGUGGGAAUAAGGUAGGAUAUCAGUGGUGGCUGUAUGAAUAUAAUGUAGUAAUAUAAUAGUAGUGAUAGUCGAGGUAACAUAUUGUAUAUGUGAUAACCUUGCCAUUUAAAAGUGUUGAUACUACUUAUUUUGAUCUUAGAACCAUCUAUAAAUGGUUAAAAUGUAAAUGUUUAACUAUGAUGUUAUAGUAAAUUCAAUUUUGAUGACAGUUUCUUCAGUUCCCCCGCCUCAAAGACCCAGUGCCAUCAGAUUGGACGGUGAUCGAAGGGGAAUAUGCCUUCGUAUGUCUGUCAUCCAUAUCACACAUUGGUAGCGACUUACCGUACUGUCCGUCUGCCAAGCUGGGAAGUGACAUCAUGUACUUGAGUUUGGUGGAUUGGAGAACGAUAAAGUCACGGUUUCAUAUUGCACAUCUCCUAAUCACUAUCGACCAAUGUCUGCAUUUGGAUCACGAGUGCUUUCAGGUAGGUAUUGGCUUCUUCUUGUGAGAGAGAGUGGAAGGGAAGGGGAGGGGAUUGUGUUUAUAAGCUGAGAAGGUAUAAGUAUAUAAGUAUCACUGAAUAUAGAUCCUCCGUAUGCAAAGAAUAAAUUAAAUUAAUGUACUUUAUAAAAUUUCAGAUGAUACCCGUAACAGCCUGUCGAGUGGAGCCGGCUCCGAACUCAGGUGGGUAUGUGGCCAUCGAUGGAGAACCAAUUUCUAUGGGAUCCGCUUUCCAAGUCACUUCUACUGACCUUACGGCUACUGUAAUUGGACGGGAAGGUUAA